AUGGAAGACACUAUAGUCACGCUUGAAAAGGAGUCCGCGGUACAGAUAUACUCUGAGAAUCAGCAAAGUCAAUGGGGAGAUAGCGUGGAUAAGGAGUCAGUGAUCGAGGUACUAGAUCGAGUCAACCUAAAUAUUCGGUCAAACUCUUUGGAAGAACUGAGAGUCAUUUGGAAGGGGUGGUCACCUCAGCGCCGGCUGAAAUUUUCACGACUGUAUGGGCAUAUUGGGUUCUUACUUCAUGUGUUCGUAAAUCUCCAUGUGAUCGAGGUGCUAGUGGAAUUCUGGAAUCCUUCGUAUUGUUGCUUCACUAUGGAUGGAGUAGACAUGGCACCAACUAUUGAGGAAUAUACCUCCUUGCUGCAUUUAGCUAAGUUAACGACGCCCUACAAAACUUACGUGCAAGAUCCUAGAGCAUCUUUUGUAAAAGAAUUGCAUGACGUCAUCGGGGUUAAAAUUCAGAAGACAGAAGAUACAAAAAUCACCUGGCCAUGCUUGAAGCGACUAUUAGAAAAGGAAGAUGGGGAAGAGGCUCAGAUGCAUAUGUUAGCCUUAGCUAUUUAUGGAUUAAUCAUAUUUCCAAAGGAGGUAGGAACUAUCGAUCAGAAUACUAUUUCUUUUGUGGCACAGGUAAAGGAAGGAAUCAACCCAAUCCCUGGAAUCCUAGCCGAGACUUUUCGAUCUCUCCAUGAGUGUCAGGUCAAAAGACAUACGAGAAUGAGAUGUUGUGUGCCCCUACUGUAUGUAUGGAUAAUGAGUCACUUACCUUGCACCCCGGGGUCUUUUCGUACCACUUACUCGACACUCAGAAUUCCCUUAGCAGAAUUCGAAACCGUCCAGUGGGAAAAACAUGCCAAUAAAUUUGAAUGGAAGUCAAGACUACGACAUUUAGUCAGCAGGGGACUCGUUUGGCAAGCACCAUGGAUGGGCCCGUCCAAUGUCAUAUACAGGUGUGGAAAUCUCCCAUGGGUGCCUCUGCUUGGCCCUUGGGGAGGGAUAGCGUAUGCGCCCCUUAUGCUUAGAAGGCAAAUAGGGGCAACGCAGUUUAUACCCAUGACACACGGACUGGCUAAUUCUCGAUUCUCAAACGGAACAGGUGAUGAUCAAAGACGAGUCCGAGAAUUUACAGUAGCAUGGAGACAUGUGUACUUAAUAGAAUCAGGCCAUCAAGGUUCAGGUACUCAAAGAAACUAUGAACUAUGGUUGGCUAACAGAGUGAAUUCACAGGUCAAACAAAUGGCGAGGGAUCCUAUAGCCCAAACAAAGGCACCAGCAGAAGACAUACAGGAAAAUUUGCAAGAAGGGCUACGAUUAGCAGAAGAAAAAGCAAUGUGGGUAGUAAUGAAAGAUCAACAAGAAAGGCAAAAAGAAGAGAAGUUGGUUACAUUCUAUCGUCGAAAAAUCAAGUGA